AUGUUGCGUGCUGUACCACCCAUCCCGAUGACAGAUGAGGAGAUAACAGCGGGAACAGCAACGGGGGCCGGUUCCGAAACCGAUCCUUUACUGGGAAGCGCUGGUGGAGAGGACAAUUAUGGUCGUACGCAGAGUUAUGGGUCUCGUCUAAGAGGCAAGUGGCAUAUUUUGGUGUUGGUGUUAUUUGUCGUGAUAAUAUUGGGUGGUAUCAAUGUGUACCUCAUAUCCUCCUACAUAGAGGACAUGUACUUGGAUGCGGCUAUGUUUGAUGUGGAAAAACUGGAAGUGGUUGAAAUCACUAACAAUGGAGCAAGGGUGAACUUCAAGGGUUCGUUAAGUUUUGAUUAUAACCAGAUACAUGGUCUUUACUACAAAACUGUGGGUGUGUCACUUGGAUGGCUGCUAGGCUCAAUAACGUCUAUACCCUCAGAAAAGAGCUGCUUCAUGUAUGCGGGAUUGGUGGGAUCCAACAAGCAUCAUGUGUCCAAGAUCCGACUGCCUCCUAUUGAAUUUUCGCUGAGACAGAGCGAGAUUUCCCAUCUUGAUUUGGACAUCAUGGUGGAGGUGAUACCGUUGGAGGUCUCUGUGUUGGUAUCAGCGAUGAUGGAGAGGGCGUCACAGGGAGCAAAGGGCCUGGAUUUGAAUGUGGAUCUUCUUGGAGAAUCCCGUAUUAAAGCUGGAUGGUUAUACGAUUCAUCCAGACUGGCUUUGAGCCGCCGGAUAUCUUUGCCUUUGAACAUGGAGAAUCUAGUAAGCGUUUCAGAGGUGACCGUUAGUGAACUGGAAGGUGGAUUCAAAUACAAAGUUGAUGCUGAAGCUCUCAUCAAAAAGACUAUUUUCCCAGUUCGUAUGGAUGUUGGUACUCUGUAUUGGGAUAUUAGUCUACCAGGAUGUGAGACAGUUGAUAAAGUGGGGCGGUUGACCACGCAUUCGUUCGUCGUGGAGCCUUAUAGUGACGUGAGUUUGCGGUUGAGCUCUACUGUCGGAAAGGUGUCCAAAGACCUCACUAAAAUCUGCAGUAAUGGUUCUUCUCCUCUGAGCUCGCUGGUGAAUGAUUUUCAAAAUGGUAACACCGUCAAGGUCUUCUUAUCAGGUGCAAAAAUCCAGGAUCCGGACAUACCCAAGUGGCUUUCCGAGCUAGUGACCACACUCUUUGUUCCUAUCGGUGUUGAUUCUUCCAUGGUGAACGUUGGUCUUGAAAAGCCGGAGGUACAGUCCAUCGGUCUCAGCUCUGUUGGCAUGAAGUUUGAAAAAGGGGUCCCCAUUGUAUCUGUUAGUUUGGUGGCAGGCGUUGAAAUGCCACCACAACUUCAGGGAAUUAAACAUGUUAAUGUCACCCAGAUUCGCGGUUCAAUUCAGUUAAGUACCAGAGAAGACUUGCUUGCAACUCUAGAUAUUGAUGAUUGGCAGUCGUCCAGCCUCAAGUUUGAUAAUGAAGUCAGAAUGCUGAAUGUUUCAACGGACAUCAAGGAAACAGAGCUUUUCUUGAACGAUACCUUCGUCGUUUCGGAACUUCUGCAGAAUGUGAUCUCAGGAGACCCAGUGAAGUUCGAUGUGAACAUGACUGCAGAUGCAGUUGUUGAUAUGCCUCUUUUGCACACUGAAUUCAACUGCGUGAAUUUUGUCCAGAGCUUAGUGCUUCCAGCACUGCCUGUUGGAGAAGCGUUGGAUGAUCUCAAAGUGAAAAUAGACCAGGUGUAUCUGGUUGAGUCCACCAAGACAUCCGCCGUACUUCUCAUGGAUCUGGAACUGGCCAAUCUUUUUGGAUUAGAUUUCACUAUUGGAGAUCAUAUAAUCGAUAUGAAUCUUGAGUUUAACGGAACGAAGGUGGGACAUAUCUCCACAGAAGGUAUCGUUCUGGCCAGUGAAGGUUUGUCGAAUGUCACCACCUGGUUGCAUCUGGACACGGCAGCUGCCAAACAAGGCUGUAUCAAGACGGAAGAACUGGUCAGCGAGUACCUAAGCGGAAGCCGGCCUGCAAUUACGGUCGUUGGUCACAGUGGCUCGUUUAUUGACUCGCCGUCGUUGUCACAAUCGGUAGACGGCGUGGGCAUUGACAUUCGAUUGCCUGAGUUUGUCUACGAGCCUGAGGAGAAGAUCAGCACAGUAGACUCAAAUGAGUCAAAAGAUAUCACAAUACAAGAUGAACCCAGUGGCUUUAUCAUCAGCUCUACGAUGCACAUCAUGACCUCCGAGAUUGAGUUCACCGUCUUCAACCCUAUAGUGAACAGCGAAGUCUUCAUCAACAUUCUCGAGGCGCGCGCCAUGUACGAAGGAACAACACUAGGGUAUAUCAACAAGGAGCAGAGACUCUUGAUUCCUCCAGGUCUUUACAAAACUCCCAGAAUACCCAUCACAUAUGCAGGUGGAAUAGGAGGAUCAAUACUGAGGAAAGCCUUGAACGGCAAUCUCAAAGUCGAGGCUACCGCCAUUUUUAAGUUCAAACUGGACAAAUUCAGACUAGAUCUGAUGUACCACGGAUCGGGACUCUCUACAAACAUUAGGUUAUAA